CAAAAAACACUUUCAAAGGAGCUGCAGCGCUAAAUUAGGGAAUGUGCAAGUGCCAGAUCGAAAAAAAGAAGUCCACCUUACGUGGCUCUGUCCAGCCGGCGAUCUCCCACUCCCCUCCUCCGCCACGAUAUAUAAGUAAUUCAUCCGCUCCGCCUUGGAUUCGAAUCGUUGGGCUGGUGCGCUGAUUAGAGAUCUGAAGUUUUCUGUUCUUCAAGUUUGUCCUCCUCCGUAUCUUUGAUUCUUGUUGUUAAUAGCAAGGCAAGGAAUUGGAAGAGAGAUUGAGAAGGGAACGAGUGGUGAGGAAGAAGAUGACUGUUUCGGACAACAGUAGGGGUUUGAUAUUGGCUGUGGCCUCGAGCUUGUUCAUCGGGGCCAGCUUCAUAUUCAAGAAGAAGGGCCUCAAGCGCGCGGCGGCCAGUGGCGUUCGUGCAGGUUUUGGAGGGCACUCCUACUUGUUAGAACCAUUUUGGUGGAUGGGAAUGAUGUCAAUGCUUGUAGGCGAGGCUUCAAAUUUAGUGGCUUACGCUUUUGCUCCAGCUGUUCUUGUAACUCCUCUAGGUGCUUUGAGCAUAAUCAUCAGUGCUGUUCUGGCACAUUUCAUGCUGAAGGAGAAGUUACAUAAAAUGGGUAUUCUGGGAUGUAUAUCGUGCAUUGUUGGUUCACUUGUCAUUGUAGUUCAUGCACCUCAGGAGCAGUCACCAAAUUCAGUAGAAGAAAUCUGGGAACUGGCCAAACAACCGGCUUUUCUGAUUUAUACAGCAGCUGCCAUAGUCAUUGUCCUGGCUCUAGUGUUAUUUUUUGAACCUCAAUAUGGACAAAAGAACAUAGUAGUUUACCUGGGAAUAUGUUCUUUGAUGGGAUCACUGACGGUUGUUAGCAUAAAGGCUGUUGGAAUUGCGAUAAAACUGACAUUUGAGGGGAUAAGUCAGGUGGCUUAUCCUCAAACAUGGUUUUUCUUUUCGUGCGCCAUCAUUUGCACUGUUACUCAAUUGAAUUACCUGAACAAGGCAUUGGAUACCUUCAAUACGGCAGUGGUAUCCCCAAUUUACUAUGUCAUGUUUACAACUCUAACAAUUGUUGCAAGUGCAAUAAUGUUCAAGGAUUGGUCGCAUCAGAAUAUAAGCAGUAUAGCAUCCGAACUAUGUGGAUUCAUUACAAUUCUUUCUGGCACAAUAUUACUGCAUACAACUAGAGAGCAGGAAACGGAGGAUGAAAUUCCUGCAGCAGGCUUAAUAUCCUGGUACAUCUGGAAAGACAGCACAGAGUCUCUUCUGAUGAAUGUAAAAGAUGAUUAUUUUGUUACUUUGGAUUGUUCAGCUUACAUGACUGAUAUAUGCUCCAUUGCAAACGCGGCCAACGUGUAGGGGGUCUCGAACCAGUUUUUUGUAAGUAACCUUUUUAAAUGGACAGAAAUGUAGUUGCCUUUCAGUUCUACAGAGAUCCAUUCCAUAUUUUUCCUUGUGAAAUAAUGUGAAAACUGAACUGGGAGAAAGCUGGAUGGAAAUUGCAGGCCUGCUUCCAGGUUUUCUUUCGUUUUUUGUUUGUAAAUUUGUGUAGAUUUUAGCAUAUUGCACUAUGCCUGAGUUUUGGGGAAAUUAUUCUGUGCGGAGGCCCGACGUAGAACGUGGUCCGGAGACCAACCAACGUUAGCA